AUGCCAUCGCCAGGCUCCUACGAGACGCCGACGACGCCUGGCGCGGUGCGCUCCUACGUGCUCGGCCGUUCGAGCGGGCAGGCCCAAGCCGCGAGCACGGUGCUUCUCAAUGUCAACCACUCCAACCUGAAAACCACGCGCUUCCUCGAGCUACGCAUGGACCUCUCCGCCUCGAUCUCGGCCGUCAAGGACCGCCUGUACCUGCACACGGGCACACGCCCGGCGUCGAUGACCCUGCUGCUGCGCUCGUCAGAGCGCGGCCCGAUCCGCGCGGAGCUCGCGGACGAGGCCCGCACGCUCGCCGACUACGCCGUCGCCACGGGCGACUGGCUGCAUCUCGUCGACGACGACCCGCACUCCGCGUCCGCCGGGGGCUGGCUCGAGGACACCUCCUUGGCACCCAAGUACGAGCUGCCGGAGGGCAAGUACGAGAGCAGCGAGAAUACGUACAGGGCGUAUAAGGCGCGCAUGAGGGAGAAGGAUCCAAAGUGGAGUAUGACGUCAGAGCUGGCGAAAAAGAUGAAUAAGCGCAAUACCGACCAUGUCGAUUUGGCGGAGGAGAGGCCGGAGGUCGAGGUCGGGCGCAGGGUCGAGGUCGUGCCCGGCGGGAAGAGGGGCGAAGUUAUGUUUGUUGGGAGGGACCUGGAGGGCCUGCCGGAAGGUUGGUGGCUUGGCAUUAGGUUUGAUGAGCCCGUCGGGAGGAACGAUGGUAGUGUUAAGGGCGUGCGCUACUUUGAGGCCGACAUGGGCUUUGGCGGCUUGGUCAGGCCGUCUAGGGUUACGGUAGGCGACUUUCCGCCGUUAGAUGACGUCGACGAGGGGAGCGAGGAUGAGAUUUGAGACUUGGUCGCAGAUUUGUGCGUCGUGAUUUGGGAGUGGGACGGGGGACAUUGGGGGAGCUCAGUGCUUUGCCGUUUCGAGGAAAAGCUCGUGGUGAACGCCGGCCACACGAGGGUAGCCUAGUAGUCUCGCGAAAAGCGUUGACAUAUGUAUAGAACAUGAGUAAAUAUAUAACUGACUCGCAGUC